UUUUUUUGUAGUUAUUUGUUCGCUUACAACAUGUCAGAACAUGUCCACAAGCUUUGCUUAGUCCGACAUGGCGAAAGCUUAUGGAAUCAAAUGAACCGAUUCACUGGAUGGGUAGACAUCGAUCUCUCGUCCAAGGGCGUCACAGAAGCUAAGCAAGCGGGUGUGUUGCUCAAAGAAAAGGGCUAUGAGUUUGACGUCGUCUACACUUCUGUAUUGAAGCGUGCUAUCAAAACCAUGUGGAUUAUAUUGGAAGAAACAGACCAAAUUUGGCUCCCUGUGAUACGCUCAUGGAGAUUGAACGAGCGUAUGUAUGGAGCACUGCAAGGACUAGACAAGGGAGAAACAGCAGCAAAAUAUGGAGAAGAACAGGUUAAAAUUUGGAGACGCAGUUAUGACACGCCGCCACCAUCAAUGGAAGAAAAUGACCCAUCCUAUCCAGGUAAGGACAGGCGCUAUGCCUCACUUAAGCCAGAAGAAAUUCCUAGGGCCGAAUCAUUGAAAUUGACGGUUGCUCGAUUUUUGCCACUUUGGCAUGAAGAAAUUGCACCUGCCAUCAGAAGCAACAAAAGGACAUUGAUCGUAGCCCAUGGAAAUUCCUUGCGUGCUCUUGUCAAAUAUUUGGAUAACGUUAGCGAUCAAGAUAUUGUAGAAUUAAACUUGCCAACUGGAAUCCCAUUGGUGUAUGAACUGGACCAAGACCUCAAGCCUAUACGCCAUUAUUAUUUAGCUGAUGAUGAUGUUGUCGCCAAGGCACAGGCAGCAGUCGCGGCUCAAGGAAAGGCUAAAUCUAAUUAAGGGAUUUGCCUAACCUACAAGUGACGUGUAGUCCUGUUCUUUUAAAGAACUAAAAGAAAAAAACUUUUUUGUUUAAUGACACCAUGCACCAA